AUGGUUGUCACGAAAUCAAAGGCAGAGUAUACGCCUGACGAUGCGAACUUCACGCCAGGGAAGAAUUCCCACCUCAGUACCCUCGACCCAGGCUUCGCAUCCCUGAAGCCCACGAUUGAUCCUCUAAUUGAAUCUGUAUGGGAGCCUUCCUUAUCACUUGAGGACUUUCGCAAGCUGUGGCUGAAUGACCAACCACCUCCACCGGGUUGUCCUGUCGAAGGGGAGGAUGUUGUCUCCGAAACGAGCAUGAUUCCCAUGCGCGACGGUCAUGAGAUCGAGAUCAAGAUUUACCGGAAGAAGGGCGACGAACGUACGAAGGCCCUGAUGAUGAGAUAUCAUGGGGGCGGCUGGGUGGUUGGUGGGCAUUGCACGGAGAAGGCUGAGGAUUUGCUCAUUGCUGGGCGAACCAACACUACCGUCGUCAGUGUUGACUAUCGAAUGGCACCGGAGUGGCGCUUCCCCUACGCCGCAAAUGACUGCUUUGACGCCUUACAAUGGUGUCAAAAAAACGCCUCUACUCUUAAUGUAGACCCUGCAAAGACUCUCCUCAAUGGUGGUUCCGCCGGCGGUGGCCUAAGCCUUGUCACAGCUCUCGCGGCGCGCGAUGCUGGGCUCCCCCUUCUCGCCUGUGUCGCCACGUUCCCGGUUACUGUCCACCCAAAGUAUGCGCCAAGGGACAAGUACGAGCUCAAGAGCUUUGUCGAGAACAAGAAUGCCAGUGUUGUCAACGAUGUGCGGCUAGAGUGGUUCACAGAUAUGUAUAUGCCCGAGCCCUGCGACGACUGGAGAUUCAGCCCACUGUUGGCAGAGAGCCUAAAAAGCCUACCACCUACGCAUAUCGUGGUGGCUGGGUACGACUGUCUGAGGGAUGAGGGUCUGGCCUUUGCUCAGCGACUCAAAGACGAGGGCAACGAGGUCGAUCUGAAUGUCUACGGCGGGCUGCCGCACUGUUUUUACAUGAUUGGUGACCACCCAAAGGUGCGCAAGUACUUUGACGACAUGGUGGCUUUCGUGCAGAAGUACACGGGUUGA